CUAAACAAACAAAAACCUAGUAUUUAAUGGAGUUCCCUGCUUUAUUCUCUAUCGCUCAACGAGUGAGAGACCCCCGCCUCGACUGAAGUGAACCAACUUAAAUAUUGCCUGCACUUCCCCAUCCUUCCCGAUCUCCAUUUUCUCUCUCUAAUCUCUCUCUUUAUAUAUACAUACACGCAUAUAUAUAUAUAUAUAUAUAUAUAUAUAUAUGUAUAUGCAUAUGGUGUAUAUACUCCUUCCACUUGACAUUUGAUAGAAACCGAUAAACUGCAUCAGGAUACAAAAUAAACCGAUAAACUGCGCCUAUCUCACCACCAAAACCGGUGGCGCAACCUUCUCGUCCUCCCUCGCCAACGCCGGAUUCUGACACACAACGACACAAAAUAACGACACUCCACCGCAAUGUCUCUCCCCAAACGACACUCCUCAAGUCCGCCGCAAGACAAUCUCAAGCACAGAGUGAUCACGUGCCUCAACAAGCUCUCCGACCGGGACACUCUUGCCGUGGCCACCACCGAGCUCGAGUCCAUCGCUAGAAAUCUGACGCACGACGCCUUCUCUCCCUUCCUCACGUGCCUCUCCACCACGGACUCCUCCGAGAAAUCGCCGGUGCGCCGCCAAUGUGUUCGACUCUUGGGCCUCCUCUCCGCCGCCCACGGCGACGCCCUCUCUCCGCAUCUCUCCAAGAUGAUGUCCGGCGUUCUCCGCCGCCUUCGUGACCCAGACUCCGCCGUCCGCUCGGCCUGUGUGGAUGCCGUCGCAUCCAUGGCCUCGCAGAUCACUAAACCCCCGUUCUCUUCGUUCUUGAAACCCCUCGUGGAGGCAAUUUCGGUCGAACAGGACUACAAUUCGCAGAUCGGUUCGUCGCUGUGUCUCGCAGCGGCAAUCGAGGCCUCUCCUGAUCCAGACUCCGCUCAAUUGCAGAAAUUGUUACCUAAAUUGUUGAAAUUAGUGAAGAGUGAUUGCUUCAAGGCCAAGCCGGCAUUGUUGUCGCUCGUCGGCAGCAUUGUCAGUGCCGGUGGUGCAUCGAAUCGUGGUUUAUUGAAUUGUUUGGUUCCCUGCUUAAUUGAGUUCUUGAGCAGUGAGGAUUGGGCGGCGAGGAAGGCUGCGGCUGAGGCAUUGGCGAGAUUGGCGUUGGCAGAGAGAAAUGCCUCACCGGAGUUUAGGUCAUCGUGUUUGGCUUCUUUGGAGAGCCGAAGAUUCGACAGGGUUAAGGUUGUAAGAGAGACGAUGAAUCGGAGCUUGGAGUUGUGGAAGGAGGUCCCUGCGGUUUCAGAAGAGGUUGUGCCUCAAUUUCAAGUUAAAUCAUCUCCUAAAGAUAACAGCAGCAGAAGCCCACCUCCUGUCACCAAAAGUUCCCCUGAUGAAGGUUUUGAAACUCCUCAGCAAAAGAAAAACCUCUCUAACAGGAUGCCUUUGUUAGAUACCGUAACCUCACAAAGAAGUCCACCAAAGAGUAGUGUCAAGAAACCCUUGUUCUGUAAGCUGGACAAUGGUAAACCCUUUGAUAGGGAUGUUGAAGUUGCUGUACCCCAGCCUCCCUCCUUGGAAGUCUCUUCUGAAGAGAGGGUUUCAGAUCCAGGAGCGAAUGGAAGCUGCAGGAAUCUGAAGCCGGAAACAAAACGUGUCCUCAUUAAUAAAACCUGUGAUGAAAAAUUGCACAAAUUUGGUGGUUUGAGAUCUGGGUGUCGUGUGGUUCCUUUUUACGAGAAUGAUGAUUGUGAUUUGGAUGUGGUAGAAAGCAAUGCUGCUGAAGAGGAUUAUGGGAACCAGAAAGAAGCCGAGGAUCUGUCUUUGAUCUGCAAACAGCUUGUUCAGAUCCAAAACCAACAAUUCAGUCUGUUUGACCUUCUCCAGAGGUUCAUUGGCAGCUCCCAAAGUGGGAUGAAUUCUCUGGAGACACGAGUAAAUGGUCUGGAGAAGGCACUGGAUGAGAUAUCAUGCAAUUUGGCAGUAUCAACAGGAAGGAUGUCAAAUACGGACUCUGCAGGAAAUUCAUGUUGCAUGCUACCUGGUGCAGAAUUUUUGAGUCCGAAGUUUUGGAGGAGAACAGAAGGCCAUACUUCUUCUUCAAGGUUCUCUUUUUACGGGAGACAUCAUUCACCAACCGUCAUGCGUAAUAUGCCCAAUAAAGAUGCCAAUACUGAAUCGAUAAAGCUGGAUAGCACAAGGGGACAACACUAUGGUGGGGGUGGAUCCGUUGUGAACCCAAUGCCAGAUACCCGCAAGGAUUCAAGGGGAAAUCUCGAGUCAUUCUUAAAUAGAACACCAAAGAAAACUCAAGAUGCGGAGAGUAUACGAAUUGCUGUUGCUGGUGGCCUUGAUGGGGCUUCAUAUUCUAGUCGUAUGACAUCAGUAAAUAUAAGCAGCAGAUGAUCUGUGUCGAAUGAAAGUUGGAGCUACGAAGAGCAAUUUUGCUUAGAUAAUUCGACGUGGGUCAAUCAUCACUUGACAGGGAAGGAGAAUGAAGCCGAUUAAUCAUCUGGGCAGUCGAGCUUUCCAUUGGAGGUGCAUGAAUAUGAAAUUAUGUGAUAGAAUGCUCUACUUAAUUAUACCGGGAAAUGAAAAACGUUUAUUUGAUCACGAAAUCCCUCAUUAGAGUGACCAGAUUUUGAUAAUUAGUGGCUGUAUAUUUGAUUUAGGUUUAAUUUGCGCGGUUGUCAGGAAGAUGAAUAGAAUUUGUACAGAGUGGUUUUAUGCA